GGCUCUAGAACCUAGCUGGGCCAGCUGAGUACUUGAGAGGCAUUUGGAAACAGUUAAUUCCUGUGAAGAAUUAAAAUCACAGGGACAUAAGGAGCCGCUCACUUUUCUCCGAGGGCGUCAGCAGGCUGAGGGCGGAAUGAGAAAGGCCAAAGAGGCAGGAUGGCGUGGUGGCGCACGCCUUUAUCCCGGCACUUGGAGGCGGAGGCGGGUGCAUCUCUGAAGAGGCGGACACUGCCAGCUCGCUUUGCUGUUGCCAUAACAACCUCCAGGGGCGCAGACUCCGCGCAACUCUAGCUGAAGGUGAAGCCCAAAGCUGUUACAGGAUUGUCCCAGCUGAAAGGCAACCCCCGAGCUUUACCAUCUGUUCUAUCUACCAGGCAGCUUCUCCCUGACGUCAUCACAAACCCUGGGUCCCCAAGGGAUUGUGCCAUCACAUCCCCACAGAAGGGCCCCAGGAGAAUGCAAGAGAGGGGGCUGUCCUGGGUCAGUACAGCACAGGAGGAUCCCCACUGAGGGCUGCUCACCUGCCCUGGGGACUCAGAACACACAUGACCUGCCCUACUGGGACACAGGCAGGCACCUCCCCAGGAAGCCCCAGGAUCCCAGAGAUACACGGGAUACGCUGAGCCCCUGAAGCUCCUACCUCUCACCAGUACCAGCACCCUCCGACACCGCAGAAGCAGCCGACAUGCCGGUCACCAAGUGCCCAAGAAAAUCAGAGCCCCUGUGGAAAGGGUGGGACUGGAAAGCCCAGAAGAACGGGCUGAGGCACCAAGUCUAUGCUGUGAACGGCGACCACUAUGUGGGUGAAUGGAAGGACAACUUGAAACAUGGGAAAGGAACACAGGUCUGGAAGAAGAGUGGGGCCAUCUAUGAAGGGGACUGGAAGUUUGGGAAGAGAGAUGGCUAUGGCACGCUCAGCCGUCCUGACCCAAAGACGGGGAAGUACCAGAGGGUGUACUCAGGCUGGUGGAAAGGCGAUAAGAAGUCGGGCUAUGGGAUCCAGUUUUUCGGAUCCAAGGACUAUUACGAGGGUGAGUGGUGUGGCAACCAGCGCAGCGGGUGGGGACGCAUGUACUACCCCGAUGGCAACAUCUACGAGGGCCAGUGGCAGAACGACAAGCCUGAAGGGGAGGGCAUGUUGCGGCUGAAAAACGGGAACCGGUAUGAGGGCAGCUGGGAGAGAGGCAUGAAGAACGGGCAUGGGCGUUUCUUUCACCUGGACCGUGGGCAGCUGUUUGAAGGCUUCUGGGUGGACGACGUGGCCAAGUGUGGCACCAUGAUUGACUUUGGCCGUGAUGAGGCCCCGAAGCCCACCCAGUUCCCCAUCCCUAAGGUAGAGGUUCAAGACCCAGAUGGUGUGCUGAGGGAAGCAAUAGCUGCUCUGAUGAACCCAGAGGAAGAAGAUACCUGAUGCCAGGUGAGAAGACAUCUUUCUGCCAUCUGUGACGAGGCUGAGGCAGCUCUGGGUCCCUGAACAAUGCUGGUAUCACUUAACUCCUCCUGCUUCUCUUUGAAACUCAUGUUCCUAGAAGAGCAAGUGCACUCCAGGCCUGCCCAGGUCUCCUGAGUUGCAUUCUCAGCCUCCUGAGGUGGGCACUGAGCUGAAGUCAGGUGCUCUGUCCCUUUUUAAGGCUCUUUAAGUAAGGCUGUGGGCCCUUGGCCUGCACGGGCACAACUCUUGAUGAGGCCUGGAAUGGGGUGAUUGUGAGGCUUCAGGGAGAGGGUGUCUGUGACUGUUUCUAAUACUAGUUCCAGCGUCGUUGCCGCCUGUAGAGAGCGAGCGCAUCAAGGCUCAGGAGAUGCGCCAGCCCUUGUCACCAAACUGCUCAGACCGGUGCGCUCCUGCAGGAGGAGCAAACAGCGACUCUGGGCACGCCCUUGGCUCCCUCAGUGGGCACCCCCACUCCUCCAGACACUAGGGCAUUCUUUGCCAGUGGAGGUGGGGUAUUGCUUCUCCCUGGCUGGCCUCGGGGACCCACUUGUUUAAAGCCUUUGCCCUAUGAUCUUAUAUCAGAGUGCACGAAAAUAAAGAAAACCCUGGUGGCCUUGCUCCAAGGACCUAUGGCUUAAGCAGGGGUGGGAGGAACCUAAGGGAGGAGAGAGGCAGCCUCACCAAUUGUGUGGGUCCCCCCCCCCAGACACACUGUGUGUGUGUGUGUGUGUGUGUG